AUGGCGGUCAUGGGACGUCCAAAAAAAGAUGUUAGCGAGGAGAAUAUGCGACGAUUUCAGAAGGAGUUGGAGCUAGCGGGCGAGGACAGUAAUUCUCUAUUAGUUGACAAAAAGGGACGCUCCAGGGCAUGUCUCCUGUGUCGUCGCAGAAAACAAAAGUGUGAUCAUAAGCAGCCCAGUUGCACGACAUGUCUGAAAGCCAAUGUGAAGUGUAUUCAGCCCGCAAAAUACGGAGCGGGAGAUUAUAGUAGUGAUGUGAGCUCGCCAAGCUCUCUACCAUCUUCAUCGGUGUUAAGGGUCAAGCGAAAUAAGAGCAAUUCCAAAGCCGGUGCUUCGACGAGCUCAGGGUCUCCUAUGCCAGGUGCGACUCUGUUGGGCCAGGAAGCAGCCCCCAUGACCUCCAAAGCAAUCAACACUGCUCCUACAACUGAAAAUGCCGAAAAUGGAUUAGCUAAGCACACCCAGUAUGUUUCUUUUCUAGAAAAUAAAAUUAAACUGUUAGAGUCCUUUGUUCAACCCCAAAUACCGCUAAACCAACAAUAUCCAAUACAAUUCCAGCCUCAAGGCAAUCCAAGUUUGCAAGCCAGUGCAUCUAUUCCUAACAGUACUGCAGGUGAACUGAGACUUCCCACUCCAGCGGCUAACACUCAGAACAACCUCACGUUUUUUGUCAAUAAAAGUUCGUUUCAGAAAGACUAUGUUCCAGCUCUAGCAUCAGAUUCCUUAGAUUCUAUUGACUUCUCAAAGUGUAUUUUUGCAAAAUAUAAUUUGAAAGAGUUUUUGGAUUAUGAUCCAGUUUUUGAGUUUGAUGAAAUUACUUCACGUUCAUUUCUCGAUAUGUUUUUCAACCGAUUGCAAUUCAAAUACCCGUUACUAGACGAACAAGAGAUUUAUGUCUUUCAUGAAGAUUACAUUAGAAACAGUAUUCGUUCCUAUUCUGACUGUGGCUUUCAUUUCGCCUGCGGUAGAAUGUGGUUAGUCUUUAGUAUAAGCGCAUGUCUUUGUAUGACAACGGGAAAGUACCGGGGAUUGCCUCCUGUGCGUUACUUCUCCACAGCAAUUCGUCAUAUAACGAGGUGCGGCCAGAAUCUAAAUUACGUUCAACAAAUCGAGCUUCUGACCUUGCUGGUAUUGUAUAUCUUAAGAACAGAUCGCGACUCUUCGGUCCUUUAUGAUAUCAUAAAAGAUGUGAUGUAUAUUAUCAAGGAUAAAUUGGCUGCAAAUCAGUGGAAUCCGAAUGAUCCAUUCGCUCACAAGAGGCUAAGGUUAUUUUGGUGUGUGUAUUUACUGGAAAGGAUGAUUUGUGUAGCUGUUGGAAGGUCUUUUACAAUUAAAGAGUCUGAAAUCAAUUUGCCACUAUUCAAUGAAAAUUCCUUCAAUACAAGACCAAUGCCAGUUAGUAGUGCUUCACAAAAUCAAACUCGCGGAGUUCAUUUCAUCAACCAAUCCUUGAAGCUAAGAAGAAUCGAAUCACAAUUUGUUGAAAAAUUGAAUAUACUACCGCAACGGCAAAAUAGGAAGGAAUUGUUGAGGGAGCAACUUCCUCUUGUGAAAAAGUUUUUUCACGACUUGGAAGUUUGGAGAUCAAGUUGUUCAAGCGAUAACGUUAAAAACUUCGAAAACGAGACUUUAAAAUUGUAUUAUUAUAGGUCGGUGAGGUUAUUGAUCCAACCAUACCUGGAGUUUUUAGCUCCAGAGGAUAGACUUUUCAAGGAGUGUCAAGCUGCUGCAGGUCAGAUUUGUCAACUUUAUAAGAUUUUCCACCAAAAAACUCUUACGGGUCAUUCAACACCUGCAGUUCAUACAGUUUUCGUUGCGGGUGUCACGUUAAUAUAUUGUAUGUGGUUAGCGAGGAAUAAUGAUGACAAAAGAAGAAGAAAACUAGGUGAUGCAUCCAAACAUACAAGGCCAUUGAUAAGUGCCAGUUUGUUUUCAACUAUGGACGAUUUGCGUGCCUGCUCAGUAUGCCUAUAUGUCAUGACAGAGAGGUCCAAGUUUGCUCGUAUUUUUAGAGAUACAUUUGAUCAAUUGAUGAGUGCCACCGUUGGAAACUUAAUAGAGCGUUGUGGACCCGAUUCAUCAGAAUUGAUUUUCCUUUCACAGUCAAAGGUCAACGGCGGAACCAAUGCAUUUUCAAACGAGAUACUUCCUAAUAAUACUGGGAUGCCACCAGCCGUUGAUAGAAUCUUCGGCUCAAGACAGGCGGAGGAACAUGUUGGAUUUGUUGAAAUAUCACAGGUUGACCCUGAGGAACAGAAAGAACUUAAGAAAAAGCAAGGGGACCUAGAGAAAACAUCAGUACCGAAAAGCUUGUCACAUCUACUGAUAAAGGUUGAAAAUCCCCACGAAAAUGACCGAGGGAAGCUAAGCUCCUGCUGGCCACAUGCUUCCGCAGCGCAAUCGGAGGCUAAACAAAUUGAUUCUUUGGUCGAACAGGACGAAACCAAUAAUCAAUAUAUAGUAAAGAAACCAACAACAUCAGAAGAAUCUGAUUGGAGGUUAUUUCAACAACAGGCACUUUUGCAACAGCAUUCAGCUCGACAAAAUUUGCAGGCAUGUCUGUCAUCUUUAAAAUACACUCAAAAGCAGGGCGAUAGUUUGGCAUUCGAUAACUUUAAAUCCUCCAUAAGGCCAGCCGAUCGUUCAUCCAAUAUGACAAAAACUUUUAUUGAAGAUCAUGUCAAUAACAAUGAUUUGCAACCCAAUUUGAACUCAGGAUUGAAAGGAAAUGAAAUUGCAUAUAAUCAAGGAAAUGUCAAUGAAAUAGGUAAUUGCGAGCAGAGUUCGGUCCAGGCAUUGACUCCAAUGGUCUCUAGUCAAAAUGGAAGUCAAGAAAACUCUCCAGAUUCCCUAUUGAAUGGUGGUAUCUUAUUUAACAAUGGAACGCAUAAUAUGAUCAACAACAUAUCCACAUGGACAAAAGAUUCUGUGGCCAACUUUCUCAGCGAUGAGGUUCCGUUUCAUGACAUGUUUUGUGGUAAGCAAGAUGGAACAUCUAUAAAUCAGCAGCAGCAGCAGUCUUCGAUACAACCGCAGCCACAAUUACCACAUACGCAACAGCUUUAUGCUAGUAAUCUUUCGGUUUCAUCAAUAGCCGAUAAUCGUAUUCACAAUACAUAUGAACCUCAUAGUUUUCCGGAAACACCAGGAAACUCGGAACCUCACGAUAAGAUCUUUGAGGAAGUCAACAUGGGUGGUGAUCUGAAGGGCACUCACGAACAAAGGAAAGCACAGAUACAGCUUCCCUCAACGACUUCAAAGGAGGAUAAAUUUUGGACUGUUAAUGACGAUUACGGCUUUUUGGCAUGA